AUGGCGGACAUUUCUUCUCCUGCCCAGGCGCCGCUGCGAAUAGGAACGCGAAGAUCAAAUUUGGCCGUGGUCCAAGCCGAGGGCAUCCGGGACAGCUUGCAGAAAAUUGCACCCGGCCGGUCCUUCGAGAUCGAGGCACUCCGCACCCUCGGCGACAAGGACCAAUCAACGGCGCUCUACAACUUUGGAGCAAAGAGCUUGUGGACGACUGAGUUGGAGGAGAAGCUCACUUCGGGUGAACUUGACGUUAUUGUGCAUUGUCUCAAAGACAUGCCGACCAAUCUGCCCGAAUCAUGCGACCUGGCAGCCAUCCCUCUCCGCGACGAUCCUCGCGAUGCCCUGAUAGUCAAGGCGGGUCUGCCUUACGCCAGCUUGAAGGACCUGCCUCAAGGCGCGGUGGUCGGCACCUCGUCAGUGCGGCGCUCGGCACAGCUCCGCCGUCUCUACCCUCAUCUGCGCUUCGCCAAUCUGCGUGGCAAUGUCGAGACACGCUUGGCAAAGGUUGACAACCCUGAGAGUGAGUAUACAUGCAUGAUUAUGUCUGCAGCCGGCCUUGAGCGUGUUGGCCUGAAGCAUCGCAUCACCCAGUACCUCGGGUCCAAAGAUGGUGGCAUUCUGCACGCAGUCGGCCAGGGAGCUCUCGGUUUGGAAACCCGCAAGGGCGAUGACGCAGUCUUGGAAUUGCUAAACCAGCUGGUCGAUCAGAAGUCAACUCUUGCCUGCCUGGCGGAGCGAGCUCUCAUGCGCACCCUUGAAGGCGGUUGCAGUGUUCCUAUUGGCGUCGAGACUCAGUGGGUCGGGCAACCACAAGAUCUCCUUUUGAGGAUGAGGGCAAUAGUUGUCAGCCUUGACGGCUCCGAAAGUGUUGAAGACACUAUCGAUGCAAAGGUGCAGAACAACGAUGAAGCAACGGCACUUGGGGAAGAAUUGGCCGGGAGACUUGUGAAAGCAGGCGCCGAUGCUAUUUUGAAAGAUAUCAACACCAACAGACCGUCAAAAGACUGA